GUUAACAACACAGGUGGGAACACGUUUCGCUCGGCUCAACGUUAUUUGUGCACAGUGCUUUUAACUUCUGUAUUGGCAUACGCGUUUUUGUUCAAAUUUUCUCUUUAGAACGAUGGGUGAACAAGUGGAAGACAAGGAGCUAAAAGCACUUUGCAAGCUCUUCAUCGGCGGAUUACCGCGUGCUAUCACGGACGAGGAACUCGGCAAUUACUUUCUUCAAUUCACGGAAGACGAAGCGCUCGACGACUGCGUUGUCAUCAAAGACAAAGAUCAACAGUCUCGGGGAUUUGGUUUUGUUACGUACAACCGCCUGGCUGAUACCGAUAGCUGUCUGGCAAAUGGUCCUCACAACAUUGGAGGCAAAGAAGUCGAAGUGAAACAUGCCAUACCAAGAGACGAAAAAUUGCCCGUUAAUCACAGCCGAACGAACAAGGUUUUCGUUGGGGGAUUGCCUAAGGAAGCUACCGAAGACGACAUCAAAGAUGGUAUCGAAAGUUAUGUUCUAGAAUGCGGCGAGCGCUUGAAUGCGAAAGUGACUAAAAUCGAAAUCAUCAAAACGAAGAAAGAAGACGGUAUCGACCCCCCGGUUUCUCGUGGAUUUGCUUUCUUGGACAUGGACUCCAACGCCGAUGCUGAUAAAGUUGUAAUCGUUAAGCACUUUCAAGUUGCCAAUAAGCAAGUGGAAUUAAAGAAAGCUGAACCUAAAGGUGGCUCUGGUGGUGGUGGAGGCCGAGGAGGUGGUCGAAACUCUGGACAGUUUGGUGGUGGUGCCGGAGGCUGGGGUGGUGGUUUCAAUGGUGGAGCAUUCAAUGCUGGUGGAUUUGGAUUUGAUUCUGGUUUUGGUGGUUAUGGUGGUGGUUAUGGAGGAGGCUAUGGUGGCGGUAUGUUUGGUCAAUAUGCCCAGCAGGCUUCUGGUUUUGGACCAUCUCGUGGUGGCAGGAGUAGAGGAAGAGGUGGACGAGGCAAUCCUUAUUAAAACAAUUUUGAACAGUUUAAGUGAGCCGUUGUUGGCUUAAUACUUAAGAGAUCAUUUCACCUAGCUAAGGCUGAAGUCUAAGAAAUUGAAGCAGACAUUACAAGAUUUGGAUUCAUUUAGUACUUGGCAAGGGCGGACCUCUAUAAAAUCAAACUUUGCUUGUAGUUGUUUAAGCUUUUAGUAUUAUAGUUUCAUUUUAAGGUCAUGUAAUAUAACGUGGUUAUUAAACUCAUUUGAGGAAUCUUC